AUGUGCGAGGACUGUGGCGACGAGGACAACUACGAUGCUGAUGACGAGUUCUUUGAAGAAGACGAGUUCUAUGAAGACGACGAGUUUUAUCCUCCAGAGGACGGGAUCUAUGACACCGAGGAUGACGACGAGGAUAACUACGACUCUGAGGACGAAUGGUGGCAAGAGCAAGUAGAGAAUUUCAACGGAGAGCCUGGAAAUGAGUUGAUUGAGCCGGACUGCUUCUGCGCAAGCUGCCUGCGAAGUCCUGCCCGGGUCGAAGUGAAGCUGGUGAAGAACUAG